AUGAAAAACACACAACUUAUAUCCCUACAGAAACAUUUAAAUGAAAUACAAAAGAAAAUAUCGAACAUUAAGGAGGUAAUACAUUCAUAUGAUACUGCUUUAGAUACAACACAAAUUUCCACCCUGCUUAGUGUCCCUUCCACAGUUAAUGAAUAUAGAAAGCUUCCAAAGAAAGUCAUAGUUUCCUUACCUAAAUUUUCUCCAAAGAAAUCAUUGAGGGACCAAUUAUUUAGUCUGACGCCAAUUCCUUUAAAAUUAGAUGAACACGGAUACAACAUUAAGAUGAUAGAAAAAAUGGAACAAGCUGGAUCCUCUCUUCCAGUCAAACAGCUGCUUGAUGAACCCCAGACCGUUACCACCAUAGACACUGGGUAUGAGAGACUUUACAAGGUCGCCUGUCUGAAUGAUAUCGAUGAAGUUAUCUGGACAAGUGGAGAUGACAACACCAUGAAACUCUUCAGCAUUACUGAGGGAUCACUACUCAAGUCAAUCAAAGCCAAGUCAGAGAACUUCCCAUGUGACAUAGCAGUGAUAAAAAGUGGAGAUCUAGUUUAUACUGAUAGUAAUGAUAGAACUGUGAACAUUGUAAAAAAUAAGAAAGUAGAGGAGGUGAUCAGACUACAAAACUGGACACCUAAAGGUAUCUGUAGUACCUCCUCUGGUGAUCUCCUGGUUACCAUGGACAGGGAUGAUAGAAAACUGUCAAAAGUUGUCCGUUACUCUGGAUCCACAGAGAAGCAAAACAUUUAUUUUGAUUAUAAAGGUAAACCUCUCUUUUCCUCCGGUCAUUAUUUCCGAUCCAUUACUGAGAACAGGAACCUGGAUAUCUGUGUAUCUGAUAGAGGAGCAAGAACUGUAGUGGUGGUCAAUCAGGCCGGGAAACUGAGAUUCAGGCACACUGGACAUACACCUGCUCCAAAUAACAAACCAUUCAGUCCACAAGGAAUUACUACUGACAGUCAGAGUCACAUCCUUACAGCUGAUAUUAACAAUGACUGUGUCCACAUCAUAGACCGGGAUGGACAGUUCCUCCGUAACUUCGAAUGCGGUCAUAAUUAUCCCUGGGGAUUGUGUAUAGAUACAAAUGACAAUCUGUUCAUUGCUCAAUAG